ACCAAGCAUGGAUACUGGAAGGCCACUGGCAAGGACCGUACCAUCUCGCACAACUCUAAGGCUGUUGGUAACAAGAAAACCCUAGUCUACCACCAUGGCAGAGCUCCCAAAGGAGAACGUACCGAUUGGGUGAUGCAUGAGUACACCAUCGAUGAGAAGGUGCUUGAGCGCUGCAGCAGUGUACAGGAUUAUUUUGCACUCUACAAACUUUUUAGAAAGAGUGGACCUGGACCGAAGAAUGGAGAGCAGUACGGGGCACCAUUUAGAGAAGAAGAGUGGGAGGAAGAUUUUCCUGAUGACAAUUUCAUGAACCACAUUAACAUGGGAGAUCAAUCAAAGGAGCAUCCUCAGUUUCAGUCUGUUGAUAGAGUAUCAAAUGUUGUUGGGGAGAGACUACCCAAUUAUGACGUUGAGAACAUGUUGCUGCAAAUGUCAGAUGAGCAAGAUGUGGUUCCACAGCAUUCUGAAUGCUAUUCUCUCAAUGAUGAUGCUCGAGUUGAUAAUCCUGGGAGCGGAACUGACAAAUGCAUGCAAACAACAGAGCAUAUUCAGAAUCAUUCAGUCAAUAGAAUAGUAAAUGAGGACACGAACACACUUUCAAAUUUUCAUCUUGAGGAUAUUUUGCUGCAAAUGUCAAAUGAGCUAGAUGUGGCACCGGAGGCCAAUAUUACAGUGAACCCUCUGUCCUAUCAAGAUGACCUUUUCAUCCAGCAAACAGAUGCUGAGUAUGAGCAUGGCAGCGUAAUGACAAGCUUUCAGAACACAUCUGCUGCUGCUAAUGUGCAACCUAUAGAAAUGCCAAAGAUGACUUCCUUGACCGGUUCUUCAGUGCAGGGACAAGAUAUAGCUGAUGAAGAAUUUCUAGAAAUCAAAGACUUGAAUGAUCUGGAUUCCUUAAAUUGGGGAACUGAGGAAAUCAGCAACAAUGAUCACAUUCCUGUCAGUGGCGGGUUGAUUGAUACAGAUGAUUACUUCGAUGCACAAAUGUUCCUAGCUGAAGCAACGGGACCUGGUCAUAUUAUAAAUCAAAAUUCAUGGUGGGAUGAUUUUGGUGGCAAUGGAAGACACAGCCAAGCAUCUCAUCUUACUACCGAGUUCUGGACCGAGGCCCAGUCUCAUAAUGCCUCAACUGCGGUCGUGCCCUCAUCUGCUUCUUCAGGUUUGGCGUAUGCUAAUGAUAAUCAGCCAGAUGACGGGCUUACAUUGGGUGAGAUGAACAAUGUUGGGACACCUUCAGAAUCCUGGUUCAAUUCAGCACUCUUAGCCUUCUUAGAUUCUGUACCGAGCAGUCCUGCUCUUGCAUCCGAAAAUACCUUGAUUAGCCGAGCACUUGAACGUGUCUCGAGCUUUAGGACAGGGCAAACACAAGAAGCUGGAGGACUACCUGCUACAAAAGUACCAGGCUUCAGAGAAAUGAAGUCUUUUGCUGAGGAUACAUAAAGCUCAGUAGCAGAUUGCAGGAUAUGGGUUUUAUUGGACAGGCUUGAGGAUCCAUUGCAGAGAGGAUCUUAAGCUGUCCACAGUGAGAGUGCUCCUUUACCAGAAUUUAUAUUCUUUUUGGUUAUGCAAUUGUUCUUGUUAGUACAAAACUUACUUGUAAAAUCUAGUGAGAUGAUGUCCUAUGGAUUUGCUUUAUGUGAGAUGAAAGUAUUAUGCCUGCAUGCGUGCAUGCAUGUUGAGUGGAUUUUAUUGAUCUUGUUUCUGAAGGAAUGCAAUCUAAAUCAAGU